UCAGUUGUACUUCGUAAUAGCGCGCUGGUUAAAAUUUCCGUGCCAAACGAAAUUACUUUCUAUGUGCUGCAAUCGAACAGGAUUAAUAAAAAUCGUUCGUCCCAAUUGUAAUAAUACUAAUUGAAAUAAUACUUCAACGAUACGUAUAUAAGUUUUCACCGAAUUAAGAAGCAAUCUUCAGAGAGCAAUGCCUGCGAUCAAAAGAAGCAAUAGACUGUACAACGAGCCUAAGCCUGGGGAGGAAAUCGUUAUCUCCGGUAUUGCCGGUAGAUUUCCAGAAUCUGAUAAUGUGGAAGUGCUGAAGAAGAAUUUAUUCGAUAAACUCGAUCUGGUCACAGGCGAUGAUCGCCGUUGGAAAUUGGAUCAUCCGGAAAUUCCUCAGCGAACUGGAAAAAUUAAUGCUGUCGGUAAAUUUGACGCGCUCUUCUUCGGUGUCCACUUCAAACAGGCCCACACCAUGGAUCCGAUGUGCAGAAUGUUAUUAGAACACGCUUAUGAAGCUGUCAUUGACGCGGGAAUAAAUCCUAAACAACUACGCGGAUCGCGUACGGGCGUCUUCAUGGGCGCGUGUUUUUCGGAAUCUGAAAAAACUUGGUUCUAUGAAAAGCUACAGGUUAACGGUUUCGGAAUUACUGGAUGCAGCAGAGCUAUGUUGGCAAAUAGAAUUUCCUACUGGCUGGGAGCGGUCGGACCAUCUUACACUCUGGAUUCCGCUUGCAGCUCUGGUCUACUCGCUUUGGAACAUGCUUUUCGGGCAAUGCAAGAUGGUCAGUGCGACUCCGCUAUCGUCGGUGGAGCGAACCUGUGUCUUCAUCCCUACGUAUCGCUGCAAUUCUCUCGUCUAGGGGUCCUGUCGUCCGAUGGUCGCAGUAAGUCCUUCGACGCCGAUGCGGACGGCUACGCCCGCAGCGAGGCGAUCUCCGUCAUGUAUCUGCAAAAGGCGAAACACGCGAAACGAAUCUACGCGAGAGUCGUCUAUGCCAAGUCGAAUUGCGACGGUUAUAAGGAACAGGGCAUCACGUUCCCAUCGACCUUGAUGCAGGGUGAGCUGCUGCGGCAGUGCUACGAGGAUUGCGGCGUGUCGCUGAACAGCUUGUCGUACCUGGAGUGCCACGGCACCGGCACCAAAGCCGGCGAUCCCGAGGAGAUCAACGCGAUCGACAGGGUCAUCUGUAACAAGAGAACCGAACCUCUGCUGAUCGGCUCUGUUAAGUCCAAUAUGGGCCAUACCGAACCCGUUAGCGGUCUUUGUCAAAUUACCAAGGUGAUAAUAGCAAUGGAAUGUGAUAAAAUUCCGCCUAAUCUGCAUUACAACCGGCCACGGAAAGGCGUGAAAGCUCUCGAAGAAGGCAGACUGAAAGUCGUCACCGAGCCGACACCUUGCAAAAUAGAAUACGCGGGCGUUAAUUCGUUUGGUUUUGGAGGUGCCAAUUCCCAUGUCUUACUGAAAUCCAAUCCAAAGAAAAAGAUCAACAAUGGAGCUCCGUCUGACGAUCUACCGAGACUCGUAGUGGUGUCUGGACGUAAUGAGAAUGCUGUCCAAGUGUUCCUAAAUGAUAUCGAAAAGCAUCCAGUGGACACGGAGUAUGUUCGUCUAUUGCAUGACAUUCACACUGAGGAUAUCCAAGGACAUCUGUAUCGCGGAUACACGAUAGUCGGCUCGAAGAUUUCGGAGCAGCCGAUCAGGGAAAUAGAAAAUUACUUGGGAGCAACGAGACCGAUCUGGUUCGUAUUUUCGGGAAUGGGAUCGCAGUGGCCUGGCAUGGGCACUCAACUGAUGAGAUUCCCCGUCUUCGCUAAAGCCAUCGAGAAAUGUGAUGCCGUUUUACGACCGCGCGGCAUAGAUAUUAUCAACAUUCUGACGAACACGGACAAAUCUAUCUUUGAUAAUAUUUUGCACUCGUUUGUGGGUAUCGCGGCAGUGCAGAUCGGUCUAGUUGAUCUCCUCACGUCAGUGGGCAUCGUACCGGACAACAUCAUCGGUCAUUCUGUCGGGGAACUCGGCUGCGCUUACGCGGACGGGUGCUUCACCGCCGAGCAGAUGAUCCUGUCGGCGUACUCGAGAGGUUUAGCGUCCAUCGAAACUGAAGUGAUUUUUGGUUCGAUGGCGGCCGUCGGUCUCGGCUACGAGGACGUUAAAAAUCUGUGUCCCCCGGACAUCGAAGUGGCUUGCCACAAUUCUUCGGACAGCAGCACUAUUAGUGGACCCGCCGAGUCCAUGAAGAACUUUGUUGCCGAACUGCAGGCUAAGAAGAUCUUCGCGAAGGAAGUGGCGUGCAGCAACAUACCUUACCACAGCCGUUACAUUGCGCCCGCCGGACCGAAACUCCUGGCUUACCUGAACGAGGUGAUACUUGAGCCGAAGCCGCGCAGUUCGAAAUGGCUUAGUUCAUCUGUGCCACGCAACAAGUGGUCCACUGCGGCCGCCAAGCUGUCAUCCGCCGAGUAUCACACCAACAAUCUCCUGAAUCCUGUGCUGUUCGAGGAAACGGCGCGCAUGAUCCCAAAAAAUGCAAUCACCAUCGAAAUCGCGCCUCACGGCCUCCUGCAAGCUAUCCUGAGACGGUCCCUCGGCUCGGAAGUCACCAACAUCGCGCUCACGCAACGCGGCCACAAAGACAACGUCGACGUCGUUCUGCAAGCAAUUGGAAAGCUCUACCUCGUUGGACUGCAACCGGAUAUUGCGAGUCUCUUUCCGCCUGUCGAGUUCCCGGUUAGCUGUGGUACUCCGAUGAUCUCUCCUUCCGUUAGGUGGGAACAUUCCGACGACUGGUACGUAACAACGUACAAGACCCAAAAGAAGAUCAAUUCCGGGGAGAGAAUUCUCAAUAUUUCGCUGCAAGAUGAAACCUAUGAGUAUAUGGCCGGUCAUGUGAUUGAUGGGGAGAACUUGAUACCUGCUAUGGGGUAUCUCGUUCUAAUUUGGGAAAUCAUGGGUUCGCUGCGGAAUGAAACAUUCACAGAAAUGUCGGUUGUUUUCGAAGAUGUCUUCUUCACGCGUGCUACUCGUAUUCCGAAAGAAGGCACUGUCCAGUUAACGGCGAUGGUUCAGAAAGGCACUGGGAGAUUUGAAAUAUCAGAAGACGACACCGAGGUUGUAAGCGGGUAUAUUCACGUUGCGUCGAACGUCGCGCAGGAGAAGGUGCUGGCUACGAUGUUGCCGGAGGACGACGACGAGGAGGAAAUGAUGGUCACUAAAGACAUCUAUAAGGAACUAAGACUACGCGGCUAUCAAUAUGCGGGAGCUUUCCGCUCCUUGAAAAGCGCAUCGAUGUCAGGAAAGAAAGGACACAUCGCUUGGAUGAAUAAUUGGGCGACGUACAUGGACGGCAUGCUGCAGCUCAUGAUUUUGGGACAAGACACGCGAGAUCUGUACAUGCCGGCGAAAAUACAGAAGAUCGUGAUCGAUACCAAGCAUCACCAACAAGAAGUCAAAAACUUAAGCUCGGAAGACAGACAAUUGCCCGUACAUAUGUACAAAGAUUGGGACAUCAUAAUAUCGGGUGGGGUCGAGAUUCGUAGCGCCAAGACGACUUCCGUGCCGCGUCGGCUGCCAGCCAGCGAGCCGGUCGUCGAAGAGUACAAGUUCGUGGCGCAUCGCGACGGGGCGCAAGUCUCCCUGCAGGAGGCCGUGAGACUGUCCACGCAUAUCACGCUUGAGCAUCAUCAGACCGUUCACGUGAAGAUCAUCGAAGCGAUCGACAGCGUUGACAAGUUGGCGGCGAAUCAAUUAGCGUCGCCCAUUCUCGCCGAGAUUCUGGGCGACUUGCCCUUGAUUCAGGCGGACGUGAUUCUGGCAGCACCGUCCGAUCAAUCCGAUAGCGACGAGUUACCCCCGAACGUGAACUCCGUGGACAUCAGCAAGCUAUCCAAAGACGAGAACGCUCUGCUCGCUAUUGGCGUCGGGCUCUUAACGAGAGCCAAGAGCGACCAGUUGCAGCAGAUUCUGCCGGCGCUGAAAAAAGGCGGCUUCGUGCUGACGCGGGAGAGAUCGCUCAAACCGGAAAAUCUCUCGGCGCUCUCUAAACAUCAGCUGGACGUGAUUCUCGAGAAGAACACCGGCAAAGAGAGUAUCAUACUCUUGAAGAAGAAAGAGACGCAGACUAGAAAGACGGAAGUCGUUCAUAUUAACAACAAUGAGUUCAGCUGGCUCGAGAAACUGAACGCGAUUAUGAACAGCGACAACACCGAUAAUGUGAGAAUAAUACUCGUCAGCGCCGGGAACUUCGAGUCUGGCUUACUGGGCCUCGUCAACUGUCUGAGAAAAGAGCCGGGUGGAGAAAUGAUCAGGGGAGUAUUGAUACAGGACGCCGACGCGCCUGAGUUCUCUCUGAAGAACCCUUUGUACUCGGAACAGCUUCAGCUUGAUUUGCCUAUCAAUGUGUUGCGGCCGGGAAAAAUAUGGGGAUCCUACAGACAUCACCAGCUGGAAUUGAGCCUGAAACCAAAGCUCGUUCAUCAUGGAUUCGUUGACCAAACGGUUCGCGGUGAUUUAAGCUCACUUCAUUGGAUCGAGGGUGCCAUACGCCCUGAGUCCGACAAAACGAAUCACGUCCAUGUAGUGUACGCUAGCAUCAACCUCAGAGAUGUCAUGUUUGCUACGGGAAAACUCAAUCUCGAUAUAAACACAUCGCACAGUCGAUUCAAUGACUAUUCGAUCGGUUUGGAGUAUGCUGGCAUCGAUUCUGCCGGCCGUCGUGUGAUGGGACUUUGCGAAAACGGAGCUAUGGCAAACAUUAUAGAUGCCGACAGAAACUUAUCCUGGAACAUACCUGAUAAUUGGUCGCUGGAGGACGCGGCGACCGUGCCAUGCGUGUACGCGACAUGCUACUAUGCGCUGUACAUUUACGGCAACUUGCAGAAGGGCGAAAAGGUGCUCAUUCAUUGCGGCACGAGCGGCGUCGGCCAAGCGGCAAUUAACAUCGCUCUUCAUGAAGGCUGCGAGGUGUUCACCACCGUGGGGACGCCCGAGAAGCGCAAGUUUAUCCGCGAGAACUUCCCGUCGAUCCCGGACGACCACAUCGGUAACUCGCGCGAAACCAACUUCGAGCAGAUGGUGCUUCAGCGGACGAAUGGCGCCGGAGUGGACAUUGUUCUCAAUUCCUUGACCGAUGAGAAGCUUCAGGCGUCGGUCCGCUGUCUCGCGAUGUGUGGUCGUUUCCUUGAAAUCGGCAAGUUCGAUGCACUGGCGAACACAUCUCUGGGGAUGAUGAUCUUCAUGAAGGAAAUCAGUAUUCAUGGAGUUCUGCUGGAUAAUAUAUUUAAUAGCACCACAGAAGAGAAGAUGCAGCUGAACAAGUUGCUGGCCGAUGGCAUCAAAAGCAAUACUGUCAAGCCAAUCGGUAGAACAGUCUUCGAAAAGGACGAGUUAGAGGCAGCCUUCAGAUACAUGGCGGCCGGAAAGCACAUGGGCAAGGUAAUCUUGAAGGUUUGCGACGAGAAGAAGAUCAAGAAGCAACCUGUACCUAUUAUGGCCAAGCCGCGAUAUUACUGCGACAGCCAGAAGAGCUAUCUCAUCUUAGGCGGAUUAGGCGGUUUCGGAUUGGAGUUGGCCGACUGGCUGAUACUUCGGGGCGCCAGAAACCUGGUGUUGACGUCGAGAACGGGAGUGAAGACCGGUUACCAGCGCAAGAGAGUCGAUCUGUGGAAGUCGUACGGUGUGAACGUGCUGAUCAUCACGGGCGCCGACGCGUCGAAUCGCAAGGACUGCGAGUUUAUCCUGAAAUCUGCGGAGAAGCAGGGCCCGGUGGACGCCAUCUUCAAUCUCGCCGUGGUGCUAAAGGACAGCAUUUGCAAGAACCAAACGCGGGAGUCGUUCGAGGCGUCCUUCAAGGCGAAAGCCUGGUCCACGAGGACGCUGGACGAGUUGUCCAGGAAACUGUGCCCGCAACUGCAGCAGUUCGUGGUCUUCUCGUCGGCCUCCUGCGGAAGAGGAAACGCCGGACAGACGAAUUACGGUAUGGCCAACUCCGUGAUGGAGAGAAUCUGCGAGAAGCGAGCGGCGGAUGGUCUGCCCGCGUUGGCCAUUCAAUGGGGCGCGAUCGGAGAGGUUGGCCUCGUCGCCGAAUGGCAGGACAGCAACAAGGAGCUCGUCAUUGGCGGCAAGUUGCAGCAGAAGGUAUCCUCCUGCCUGCAGAAGCUGGAGGACUUCUUGCUGCAGAAUCGUCCGGUGGUGACAAGCAUGGUGGUGGCUGAGAAGCGCGUGGAUGCUCAUGACGCUAUCGAUGUCGUGGAUACCGUAGCGAAUAUAAUGGGCGUGAAAGAUUUGAACAGCGUAGCUCAGAACGUGUCGUUAACCGAGCUCGGCAUGGACUCGGCGAUGGCCGUGGAGAUCAAGCAAACGCUUGAACGAGAAUUCGACAUCUUCCUCACCGCGCAGGACAUUCGCAAUCUGAACUUCGCCAAACUCGCGGAGAUACGCGACAAGGACGUAAAGCGGGAGAAGAUGCAACCGCAGAGCGAUACGCAGCUGACCGAGAUUUCGGGCAUGCAGCUGUUAAUCCGAAUAAUGGAUAAUGAGAAAAUGACUCCGGAGGUCUGCCUGCAGCUGCAAUCCAAACAGAAUCCACGUAAAGUCGAAGUGUUCCUCCUGCCGGGCUUUGAAGGUUGCGGACACGUGUUCGAACCGCUGGCGUCGAGAAUCAAGCCCAUAGCCUUAGCUUUGCAGUACGCAGAACGCCAUAUCGGACGUCAGAAUGCAUCCAUACCGGAAAUCGCUCAAGCUCUUUUACCAUACGUUUUACCAAAGGCGGAACAGCGCAGGAGUUUUGCUUUAGUUGGAUACUCGUACGGCGCGUUGAUUGCUAUCGAAUUGGCGAGACAAUUGGAGGACCACGGCUUGACCGGUCGGCUAGUGCUGAUCGACGGCGCCCCGCUGCAAUUAAAAUCGAUGCUAGAGCAAUAUCUGCCGUCUUCCACAGAACAAGAACUUCAAAACAAUAUCUUGCUGAGCAUAAUGGAGACUGUGCAACCGGUCGCGAGUGGAAAGCUACUCUCAGAUCUCGACAGGUGCGCGACCUGGGAACAGAAGUUGGACAACUUGGUUUUGCAAUUUGAUUCUGCCAAUCUACCGCUUUCCGUCGAAAACUUCAAGGAACUGUGCAGAACUAUUUACAGCCACAUUGUCGCUCUCCGCAAUUACGAUUUAUCAUUCUUGCCGCAGUUACGCAGCACGUCUAUUAUGCUCUUGAAGCCGACGCAACCUUCUAUUGUUUUAGCCGAGGAAGAUUAUAAUCUGCGCAAGGUUACACGAGAUAAGAUGGAAAUACACUACGUCGAGGGUAACCAUGUCACGAUAUUGGACAACGACAAAGCUGCUGCCGCAAUCAACGGAGAUCCGAUGAUAGAUCCUACACUAUUCAAAAAGCUUUUAACAGAAGACAUACCCCUCGAAGUUGAAGAGGAAGAAUACACGAGAGCCUAAAUUAUACCUUGAAAAUAAUAUGUUUAUAUUGAAAAAAAAAUUAUAUAUAUAUAUAUAUAUAUAUGUAAAUAUGUAUAUAUGUAUAUCUAAACUUAUAGGCAAAAGCAACAAUUUUCUGUAUUUAUGAAAUAAAAUCUUGAUAUAAAAAAAUAA